AUGGCGACCAGCGCGCCGCUCCUGGGUAAGGAAGGCAAGAAGGCCGCCCAUAGCAAGGCAUCCAUCUUCUACGGAGCAGAUGAGUAUCUUGAGGAUCCGGGCCGCACCUGGCCUGUCCUUCAUAACGUGAUGGCCAUGGUUCUGGGAGGAAAGCACCGCUGGAACGAGAUGCUCUUCCACGAUGUACAUCAUGCGUUCCCCAACGCGGUCGGCACGCUGAGCCAGCGCGGCCGCUUCCAUGGCUGGGAGAAGGUGCACGACGCUGCCGCCGAGGUUCUGCACCGUGGACUGUGGAAGCCCAAUGGUGAUGAGGAGACCCAGAUGCAGAAGACCCAGAAGAAGCGCUCUUUGAUGAUGAAGCAGGGCAAGUAA